UAGUGGUGUGGGUUUCAGGUAGUUUUUUCCUCCGGAGGAAAAAAACCUCCUGAAAAAAACAACCGGAGAACUACCGGAGAUUUUGAAAAACUACCGGAGGAACUAUCGGUUAUAACCGGUACACCGGUAGUUUUUCACAGCUUUUAAAACGCAUAAAGUGAAUGUUGAAUUAUAUAUUUUUGGAACAGAAUAAUUAACGAUGUUAUUUAAUCGUGUAAAAUAACGCAAAAGUAGCCUAAAAUGUCUAAAAAAGUUAGCCAAAUUAAUCUUGGCUCAUUUUUUUCGAGAAUUUAGGCACUUUUACGUUCAUUUUUGGUAAAAUUUGAUGAAAAUAGUACAAUCGUCGAACGAUGUGAGAAAGAAAACGGCUAUAAUAAUAUUUGUCACGAAGAAACUGACGCUUUCGUUGUGCAAUGGCAGCUGACAAUAUCAAACAAUUUUUCCAUAGAUGGUGUGAUAAAAACACCAUCACGCCUCAAUUUGAUGUCCGAACCGUAGGACGUAAACAAGCUCCUAGAUUUCUGUGCGAAGUCAGAGUUCCAAGUUACUCUUAUGUGGGUGUGGGAAAUUCAACUACGAAGAAAGAAGCCCAAUUUAACGCCGCUCGCGAUUUCGUCCAAUUUUUGGUUAGACAAGGAAAAGUACAGGAAGAUGAAUUACCGAAAGAGGUUAAAGCCGAACCGGAAUCGUCAUCUUUGACGCCUGGAUUCAGCUUGGCGCCUUCCAGACCGGUAUUCCAGCCUGGCGAAGGGCCGGAUACAAUUGGUGAAGCUUAUAGGCCCAUCAGUAAACGCGAUGGUCCUCAACAAACGUACAUGGAUAUUAUCGCUGAUCAAAAACGAGUAGAAGAAGCCGAAAAUGUAGAUUUAAAUGCCGGCAUUCAUGGAAAUUGGACUAUUGACAAUGCGAAAUCUAGACUCCAUCAAUUCCUGCAGGUUAAUCGCAUUAACCAAGAUUAUAAGUUCUCGGUUAUGGGAUCCACAGUAAAAAGCUUUGUUUGCGAAAUGGGAUUCUUUGUGAAGCAACUGAAGCGAUCUAUACAUGCCAGAGAAACUGGCUCCAAUAAGCAAACCGCGUCGAAAAGUUGCGCUCUUUCGUUGGUACGUCAACUUUUUCAUUUGGGAGUUAUCGAAGCGUAUACUGGUCAAACUAAAAAGAAAGAUAACGCGUCUCUAAUGGUACCGUAUGAAGUUUCCGUCGACCCAACAGUAAUUGCGAACGUGCGAGAUUUAUUACAAGAAGUUGGAAUAACUCCGAAUAAAGUUGAAGAAAAUAACGAUUCUAACGAAGCGGUGUCGCUGUUGAGUAGCACAGUUCUGGACGAAUUUGUCUCAUCGAGACCUCAAGAGGCCGGCGUUGUUCCGUGGGCUCCGCCUUUGCCAAAUUGGAACGCGUGGUCGUCUUGUAAUAUCGACGAAGGCCCGUUAGCUUCGGCUACUAUCGAUGACGUUUCGAAGGAUUUGGAAAGCGAUUUGCGUAACCGAUUGAUGAACGAUCAAAGCUUACAGAAUUCUACGAAAGAACGCGACGAUUUACCAGUUUCUAAAAUGAAGACUGAAAUAAUGAACGCCGUAACCGAAAAUAGCGUUAUUAUCAUUCGAGGUGAUACCGGAUGCGGUAAAACGACACAAGUUUGUCAGUUUAUUCUGGACGAUUACAUCUUAGCGGGACAAGGAGGAUAUUGCAACAUAGUAGUUACUCAACCUCGCCGCAUAUCCGCCAUAUCAGUAGCCGAUCGUAUAGCCGCCGAACGUCGCGAAGAGUUGGGAAACAGCGUCGGUUACAGUGUUCGUUUUGAAUCGGUUUUUCCACGACCCUACGGAAGUAUCAUGUUUUGCACUGUCGGUGUUCUGCUGCGUAAAUUGGAAAACGGAUUACGAGGCGUUUCUCACGUCAUUGUCGACGAAAUACACGAACGCGAUGUUAAUUCAGAUUUUAUUAUGGUCGUAUUGCGAGAUAUGGUUCAUACGUAUCCGGAUCUGAGAGUAAUUUUGAUGUCCGCUACUAUCGACACGACCAUGUUCAGCAAGUAUUUCAACGAUUGCCCGGUUGUAGAAGUUAGUGGUCGAACGUUUCCGGUAACCACCUAUUUCUUAGAAGAUGCCGUCGAGCUUUUGAAUUUCGAUCCCUCUCCCGACUUGCGGAAACGUAAAAAAUCCAAAAAAGAAGAAGACGAUGAAAGCGAAGCAGCUGUGGAAGGCGAUGAAAAUUUAAAUAAAUGUGUAUCCGACGAGUACUCCCCUUUAACCAAACAACGAAUGGCUUUACUAAGCGAGAAAGAUAUCAGUUUCGAACUGAUAGAAGGAAUUUUAAGAUACAUAGAAGGGACGAAGAUAAAUGGCGCUGUGCUAGUUUUUCUUCCCGGAUGGAAUGUAAUAUUCGCUUUGCUCAAACAUCUCAGCCUACAUCCUGUUUUCGGAGGCCCGAACUACCUUAUUUUGCCGUUGCAUUCGCAGAUACCGAGAGAAGAUCAACGCAAAGUUUUCGAUGUUGUUCCGCCAAGUGUCACUAAGAUUAUAUUGUCGACAAAUAUCGCCGAGUCUUCGAUUACUAUUAACGACGUUGUCUUCGUAAUUGAUGUUUGUAAGGCAAAAAUGAAGCUGUUUACAGCUCAUAAUAAUAUGACCAAUUAUGCUACAGUUUGGGCAUCUCGCACUAAUUUACAUCAGCGUAAAGGACGAGCCGGCCGUGUUCGACAAGGAUAUUGCUUUCAUUUGAUAUCGAAAGCUCGUUACGCAAAAUUAGACGAACACAUGACGCCGGAGAUGUUCCGUACCCCUCUACAUGAAAUAUCUUUAUCGAUUAAAUUACUAAGAUUAGGAGCAAUUGGUCAUUUUCUCAGUAAAGCUAUCGAAUCUCCUCCAAUCGAUGCUGUGAUCGAAGCGGAAGUCAUGCUCAGAGAAAUGAAAUGUUUGGAUAACAAUGACGAGUUGACUCCAUUGGGACGUAUCUUGGCGAGAUUACCGAUAGAACCUCGUUUGGGCAAAAUGGUUUUAUUGAGUACGAUAUUCGGUGUCGGCGAUGCUUUGACCACCAUCACUGCCAAUAGUUCCACUUUUCCGGAAAUAUUCAUCUCCGAUCGAAGACUGACUUUUUCCCAAAGAGCAUUUUCUGGCAACAGAUCAUCCGAUCAUAUAGCCAUGUUGAAUGCGUUUUCUAUGUGGUCGAGAAUAGCUAGACGUGGUUCCGAAGCGGAGGAAAGCUUUUGCGAACAAAGACAGAUCUCGAUUCCUAUUUUAAAGGUUACUUCCGAAGCCAAGAGACAAUUGAAGGAUUUAUUAAUAAACGCUGGUUUUCCGGAGGAAAGUAUGAUAGAAAUGAAUUACGAUUUCAAAGGCGAAGAUAGUAAUUUGGAUGUAAUUGCCGCGUUGCUUGUGAUGGGAUUGACGCCGAAUGUUUGUUAUCAUAAAGAAAAGCGAAAGGUUCUAACGAUGGAAUUUAAAGCUGCUUUGAUUCAUAAAUCGUCUGUGAACUGCAGUAAUUAUGAACAACAUUUUCCUUCACCUUUUUUCAUAUUUGGAGAAAAAAUAAGAACGAGAGCGGUGUCGUGUAAGCAAUUAACCAUGGUAACUCCCAUCCAUUUAUUAUUAUUCGGAUGCCGUAAAAUCGAAUGGGUCGAUGGCGUUAUUCGACUAGAUAAUUGGAUCAAUUUGAAAAUGGACCCGAAUACAGCGUCGUGUAUCGUCGCACUGAGACCAGCCAUCGAAGGAUUAGUAAUCAGGGUGGCCAAGGACCCGCAGUGCAUUACCGAACUGUCCCAAACAGACUACAAAGUUGUCGAUAUCAUCAGACAAUUGUGUACUUUUCACGUCGGACGUCAUAAUUUGCCCCAAAUACAACUGCAGUGCCUGCAAAGAUAUUCUAGAGGCAACGAAGACGACGAAACAUUCCAGGCAAGCGAUACGGGAGCGCCGCCAACUAAACUUAUGAGAGGAGGUAGUUUUUCUGGCGGCGGAUAUUAUAAUAGAGGCAACUCUAACUACAGAGGAAGAGGCUCGUCAGGACCGAAUAGAGGAUCGGGAUUUCGUGGAGGACGAUUUCAAAGGUAUCAGCCGUAUAAUAGAAAUGCUUCCAAUAAUGCCGGAAAUGGUUCGUGGACUCCUUCAGCCAGUGGAAGUUAUUAAAUCGUAGUUUUAAUAUCGAGUCUAGCCUAGAUAUAUGUGUUGUUUUAUCUUGUAAAUACGCGCGUGUGCAAUAAAUGUGAACGGCUUU